CACAUCACCACACAAGGCGUGAAAAAGGAGUUUGAGCGCGUGUGCAGAAGAGGAAAGGGUGAGAAGAACCAAACUCUGCCACUGAUUUGUUGUCAUCUUCACAACAACAAUUCUGCUUCUGGAGUUGUUCGUUCGUGUAUUUUCUUAACCAAUUGAAGUGUGAAGCCCACAGCACCUCUGCAUAGAGCUAAUCUACAUAAAGCGUACAACAAGAUAUUCUUCUGAUAAUACCAAUGCUGCUUUUCUCUACGUAAAAUUUAGUUGUUGCGAUUAACGAGCUUCAACACCAUAACGCCAUCUAGAUUGUGUCUACUUCAACAUCGCCUGUUCUGGACUCAAAUAUCUGUGGACUAGCGGUUAUUGUUGAUAAAUAUUAAUUAUCCUCAGCAUUUAUUUUUCAAGAGGAGAGCCAUGGAUGCCAGUGAUUACUGUGGAACACCUCAAAAACCCAAGGGAAAAUAUGAAGCUAUGACAAUUUGUUUCAUUCUUGGAAUUGGGUCCCUUGUUUCCUGGAACAGCAUGUUGACUAUAGGAGAUUACUAUUACACACUGUUCCCUAAAUACCAUCCUGCAAGGGUGCUUACCUUGGUCUACCAACCAUUUGCAAUUGGAACAAUGAUAAUACUGGCUUACUAUGAGUCGAAGAUCAAUACUAGAAAGCGGAAUUUGGCUGGAUUCACUCUUUUCUUCUUUAGCACUUUCUUUGUUCUUGUUGUGGAUCUAGCAACAUCAGGAAAAGGUGGAAUUGGACCUUAUAUUGGUAUAUGUGUGCUUGCUGCUUGUUUUGGAAUAGCAGAUGCUCUAGUCGAAGGUGGCAUGGUAGGAGAUCUAUGUUUUAUGUGCCCUGAGUUUAUCCAGUCCUACCUUGCUGGUUUGGCAGCAUCAGGGGCUCUAAUUUCUAUUCUGAGAAUGCUGACCAAGGCAGCUUUCGAGAAAUCUAGUCAUGGACUUCGCAAGGGAGCAAUACUAUUCUUGGCAAUUUCCUCAUGCAUUGAGUUAGUUUGUAUAUUCCUGUAUGCAAUCUACUUCACCAAAUUGCCCAUAGUGAAAUAUUACCGUUCAAAAGCAGCAUUAGAGGGAUCAAAAACUGUUGCAGCUGACCUUGCUGCUGCUGGAAUUAGUACAAAGACUAAAGAUCAAGGUGGAUAUGAUGAUAAGCAACAAGAGCGGUUGAGCAACAAACAAUUAUUUCAUGAGAAUCUUGAUUAUGCAGUUGAUUUAUUUUUUAUAUAUGCGGUAACACUGUCAAUCUUCCCUGGAUUUUUGUAUGAAAAUACGGGCACCCAUCGGUUAGGCACAUGGUACUCAGUUGUUUUGAUAGCUAUGUAUAAUGUAAUGGAUCUCAUAUCAAGAUAUAUUCCCCUUGUACCAUGGCUGAAGUUGGAAUCCAGAAAGGCUCUACUGAUAGCAGUCUUUUCUCGAUUCUUGUUGAUUCCAGCAUUCUACUUUACAGCAAAAUAUGGUGACCAAGGAUGGAUGAUUUUACUCACCUCCUUUCUGGGACUUACCAAUGGCUAUCUCACUGUCUGUGUUCUUACUGUUGCACCAAGAGGUUACAAGGGUCCAGAGCAGAAUGCUUUGGGCAAUUUGCUAGUCUUAUGUCUUUUAAGUGGCAUAUGUGCUGGGGCUGUUCUUGACUGGUUAUGGAUCAUUGGUAAUGGAACAUUCUGAAGAUAUACUAAAUCUAUAUUUAUUGUAUUAAUCAACCCUCACUCACUUUUACCUUCUGGAUUGGUUGGUCUCUCAGAGGGCAAUGCAGUGUUAUAUCAAGUAACUGAAUUAAAAUAUUUAAAUAACUAUUUGAUAUUUGUAAUUCUUUCAUGAAAUUUUU